CUUUUAGGUGUGUGGUCUCAGGUUCUGAACACUUCACUUUCACGACAGCGGCAGUGUCCAACUUCGUGAUGCGGUGACUCUUGCCGUCGCCCUUAGCACGCGGGCAGCUUCUUGGCCCGCACGGGCUGUUUUCAGGUAGAUGGCACGCGUCGCCAUGCCCACACUGCUCCAUCGAAGCAUUGCCCUUCUCAUCGCCGUGCACCUCUCUUUUGUCGCAAUUCAGUAUUUCAUUUCGUUUCCUUCUCUUUCCUAGUCAAUUGAGUGUCUAGACCGCCGUCUCCUGCCACGUGUGCCCUCACGCGACAGCCCGGGCCGGCACGCCAUAAUGUUAAUACUACGACCCGUAUUGAGGAGUGUCAUUGCGCGGUCCCAGGUCGCCAAGAAACAACCGCCAUUCUUGCACAGAUUCCAGCAGGCUGGUCGUGUGGGGAUCCAGCAUCAGCUCCCGCGAUUUCUUACUGGCCAGUCUGGACCACCAACGCCUGGCAAUGAUGCACCCAAUCCUGUCGACGAUGCAACUGAGAACCAAAAGGAAGAUGAAAGAGAAGCAAGAAAAGAGAAGUGGAAAGGCACAGCGUUCAAGAUGUUCGAGGCUGCAGCAACCACUGGAGCGAGUAUCUUCAUCCUAGCUUGUGUUGGUAUCACUUAUACCAGGUACUACAAGUGGAAUGUGCUCGAAAAGAUGGAGAACGCUUUCCGCGAAGGCGACCCGGUGCUUGACCUCGCUGCGACUGGUAAAGAGAUCCCGCGUGAUCCUUCAAUGCGUGAGAUUGAGAAGCAUGACGACGAGGGCUAUGACCGAUGGAUACCACGUGAUGAGCAGGAGAAGAUCGAUAAAAUCAUCAGUGGUGAAACGAAAGGCCGCUACCAUCUACUUCUCGGUGAGAAGGGCACCGGAAAGAGUUCCAUGCUCAUCGACGCCAUGUCUAAGAUUAACGGUGAAGGCUGCUCGAUGAUGGAAGCCCACGCCGAUCUUGAAGUAUUUCGUGUUAGACUUGGACGCUGUCUCGACUUCGAAUACCACGAAGACAACAUCGGCUCUCUGUUCUCUAUCCGCGGUCCCCGUGACGCUGGUGCCAUCCUUGACAUUGAACGCGCUUUCAACAAGCUGGAAAAAGUUGCCCUCCGCCGACGCGCAAAGAUAGGCCGCCCACUGAUCCUGAUCAUCAACCAAACGCAUCUCAUCCGCGACGACGAAGAUGGCCGAGACCUUCUCGAACUCAUCCAGCAACGCGCCGAGCAAUGGGCAGCCUCGAACCUCGCAACCGUGAUCAUCAACUCCGACAAGUACUGGGUCUUCGAGCGCCUGAAGCAGUACGCAACUCGCAUGGAAGUUCAUCAGAUCAAGGACCUCACCAAAGACCGCGCUAUGCAAGCUCUCCGCAACUACCGAAUGAAGUACUGGAAUGAGCGAACACCAAACAGGGUGCUCGAGGAAGUGUACGACAAGAUAGGCGGCCGUCUUACCUUUCUCAACCGUGUUGCGAAGUCCGAGGAUAUGUUGGCCAAGUGCGACCACAUCUGCGAGAUGGAAAAGAUAUGGUUCCUCAACAACUGCGCCAUCUUGGGUGAGGAGAUGGACGACGAUGUCAUGGACCAGCAGAAGUACGCUUCCACAGCUAUGGUCCUAGCUAACGCCCUAUACCACCGCUACAACAAAAUGGACACCACCUACGACUCCAAAAUCGGCCAUAUCCUUCCCGAAUUCCCACUCCACCGGGCGCGCUUCAUCAUGACGCGCUCGGACUUCAUCCGGCAGCACCACGAACUGUCCAUCUUCGCCAUCGAUUCGCAUGCUAUGGUGAGAGCGGAUAGUGUGCCGAUGCAGAGGGCGUUCAAUGAGAUUUGCUCAGAGCCUGGGUUUGAGAAGUUCCUCGAAGCUACCCUUGACCGCAUUGGUGAUAUUGAAUCUCUCGGCCGUACUAAGGAGCUCACUUUCAAGGAUCUGUGGGAUGGCGGGAAGUACAGGCUCACCACCAGGAACAAGAAGGGGGAGGAGACGGGGAGCGUGGAGAUGGAAACCGUGGAGAAACCUGAGAAAGACGAGGAGGAUGGUGAGGACGAUGAUUAAGAGAAAGACGGUUGGACUGAGGUGUAAGAUAGUAGGAUGACCAACAUGACCCGCUGAUUGAUGAGUAUUGGCAAGCGUGUCUGGUCCGCGGAUGUUUUCAUUGCGUUUCUUUUGUUGGUGCUGGUUAGACGGUGAGUAUACCCGUCUUGAACACCCUUUGCUUUUGCUUGCUUAAUUUUGUUUUUCGAGCAAUAUUCACAUAUUGGUAGAGCUUUCCAGACAUUGAGAGUUAUUUUGAUGCAUUAUCGAACCGGGUUGCUCGCCUCCG